GCCAAGUGCAGUCGUAAGAUUCAAGUUAAAAUUAACAAUUCUAAUAAGAAUUAAAAAUAAAAAAAAACUGUUUUUAAAUAAAGAAAAUCUUAUGAAUAAACAAAAUUAUGAUAUUGCUGAUGAGAUCAUUUGUUUGUUGGAGAAUCAACUGCAAUUACAUAAUGCCUUUAAACACCGUAAUAUUGAUGCAUUUAAAGAGGCUUUAAUGGAUAAAGCAAAUCCUUUACUAAACUAUACCAACCAGAAUAUAUGUGUUCUUGAAGAAGCGGCACAAACACCAGAUUGCUCUGAUUUUGUAUUUUAUUCUGUGAUAUUUGCAAAUAUAAAUGAUUUUGAAUUUACAACUGAACUUAAAAACAAAAUCAUUGCUUAUGUAUGCGAAUCCGGAGAUCUUAAAAGUUUAAAUGAAUUAGCAUUCUGCCUUAAUAUUGGACCCAAUGAUUUAAACCCUCUCAAUUCUUUGGCUUAUAAAAUCAACAAUGAGAAUGUCAUAAAUAUGAAAAAGUGCAUGCAGGUUCUUAUGCAUAAUGAGGACUGUCUCAAUAUAGCCGAUAAUAGAGGAAUGACGCCAUUACAUAAUGUGAUAACAAAUAACGAUCUGAAUGAGGAACAUAAAAGUGAAAUUUUACAAAUGUUUUUAUCUCUAUAUGCAAGUCAUCUUGUUAUUGAUAUAGAUACCUUUCGGAAUGGUGAAUUAAGAAGCAUUUUGGAAAUGAGUUAUCCCUAUAUAAAAUUACCCCCUAAAGUAAGCCUAUAUGAAGCGCUAAAAAAUUGUUUGAAAUCUGGUGACAUGGAACUAUUUCAAAAAUUUUAUAAAGAUAAUAUUUUGGACAUUGAGGAAUGGGAAAAAUUAGCUUUAAUGGAAAUUUCUUUAAAUCUAGAAUAUAAUAGAGCCUUUUAUUUCAUUUUAUUAAAUGGUGUCGAUUUCAAAGCAGAUCUAAAUCGGUUAAAAGAUGUUAUAAGCAUUAUCCUAAAUAAAGGAAUGUGUGAUAUCUUUUAUGUACUUUUAGAACAUUUUGAUAAAGAACUAAUAGCAAAUAUAACACAUCAUGUCAUAGCUUUUUUUAAAUCCCAACCCAGUUCUCUAGUACGAAAAAGUUACGAUUGUUUGCAUAAUUUUCUAGUUUGCGAUAAUUUUGAUAUAAAUGCCAUCAAUUGUGAAGAAUACACCCCACUUCAAGCGGCCAUUAUGUGGCAACAGGAAGAAUUAGUUAAAGUUCUUCUAAGUCAUGGAGCCUGUAUUAAUCUGGAAACAAAUAAGCAGAAAUUACCUUUAAAUGGUUUGAGUGCUUCGCUGUUGCAAGAACAUUUCGAUGACUGUAUAAGUUUUAACUAUGCUAAUGAUAUUCAUAGCUAUAGUAUUGAAAUUGAUUUCAAAAAUUUUUCAACUUCUCAGCACUUGUAUGAGAAGAAAUUAUAUACCGUUCUAUCACCUCUAACAGCUAUGGCUUUAUCCCCAGAACAUUGUUAUUUGCUACAGCAUCCAGUCAUAACCGGUCUUUUACACCUGAAAUGGCAAAAAGUUUCUCAUAUAUUUUAUCUCAAUUUCUUAAUCAGUUUGUUCUUUAUCAUUGCAAUUAUUACUCAGAUAGUUUUAAAAAUUCACUCCCCUUAUCCGGUUACCAUUAUAAUAACAGAGUUCUUUUCCUGGCUGGGUAUUAUCUAUUUUCUUAUAAGAGAAUUUAUACAACUAAUUGUAUCUCCCCGGAAAUACUUAAAAUCUGUUAGUAAUUAUCUUGAAAUAUUAUUAAUAAUUUUCUCCAUAUUAAUUUCUACUCACGCCUAUCUAGAGCAUAACUUAACAGUGAGUUGCAUUCUACUACUGGCCUAUGAGUUGUUUUCUUUGGUGGGUUCUUUACCCAUCGCUUCCUUUUCCACCCAUAUGCUAAUGCUAGAGACUGUAUGUAAAAGUUUCGCCAAAUGUUUUCUCUUUUACUCGAUAUUCUUAUUGACCUAUACUCUCUGUUUCUAUAUAAAAAAUGAUGAAAUAGCUCAAACUGUUAAAAUAAAGGAGCAGGAAUUCCAACGAUUUUCUAAUCCUAUGUUGGCUUUUUUUAAAACAAUAGUUAUGUUUAUAGGAGAAAUUGAUGCUGGAAAUUUAAAACUGGACUCAACAUUUAACUGCUUACUUUUUCUAUCGUUUCUCUUUUUCGUGACCAUAAUUUUAUUCAAUCUUCUUAAUGGUUUAGCUGUAAGUGAUACCCAGGCCAUUAGAAAUCAAGCGAAAAUAAAUGGUAUUAUCUGUCGCAUCAAUUUGUUGUCCGAUCUUGAGAAUUGUUUCAUCAAACCUUCUAAAUACUUUUUACCUUCACUGGAGAAGAAACCUUACCGUUAUAUAUAUAAAAUUUUAAAUAAUAUUGUCAUCGAAUACACAACCGAUGCUAAAAUCAAUUUUUAUCCCUAUAAUCGGAAUAAAAUAUUUUCAGAAGUCACUGCCAGAGCUGAAUCUGAAUUUAAAUCUUUUGUAAUGCAAAUAGAAAGUGGGUACAUUAAUAGUACGAAGAGAUAUAGUUUCUGUUGUAAUUCGUUAAACAAAUGGUUAAAAUCGUUCAUAAACAGUGAGCCCACAAUGGAUAAGCAGACCUCAGAUAAUGCUUUAGCAAUUCGGGCAAAAAAAUCAAAAAAUGACAAAAACAUUAUAGCUAAUGACAAAAUAUGUUCAAUUUUGAAAAAAUUACAAUUUAAAAGUUAAAAUUAUUUAGCUUAAAUACGACCUUUAGCAGGAAAUAUACAUAUAUAAGUUUGAAAUUCCAUUUGUAAUGUCCUCAAUAUAAUUUUCCGAUCUUAUAAAGUAUAUAAAUUCUGGAUCUGUAUAUGUAGCGGAAUCGAUUAAUCUAUGUCCGUAUGUCUACCUGUCCGUCUGAGUAUCUCCAGAAAUCAUUGUUCUAAAGACCCCAUAUAUCGUCGGGAUACAAAUAUUCAAUAAUUCUAUCAGUUAUGCUUUCGAGAAGUUUUCAAAAUUACAAUCGGAUCGGCACAUUAUUCUAAGCAGCUCUUAUAAAAUAUUUUUUCCCAAAUUUAUGCUGCAAACAAUUUGUCAGAUCGGUCUACAUUUGAUCAUAUCUGCCAUUUAUCAUAUCUGCAUUACCAGGCAACCAUAUCGCUAAGAAAACUAAAUCGAAUAUUCAAAUUAUUUAGCAUAAAUCGGGCCAUAAAUAGUUAGAGCCCCCAUAUAGGCCACACUUUUACUUAAUAGCAUAUUAGGCCAUAUCUCUCAUAUAAAGUCGACUCACUUAUAUCACUCAUAUCUCCAUUAUUUAGACAUAUACACAGACAUGGUUAAAUCGACAUCGAUAUCUUUUUCAACGACUUCAUUCUGUAUCUAAACUAUUUUAUGGAUUAUUUUAUGAAUAAGUCUGUUAUGUAGAUUAUAGCAUUGACUAGGCUAAUGAGAAAUCUAUUAAUCUCUUGACUUAUUGUUGAUAGACUACAUAUUUAAAAUUUCGGUGACUAAGUAUUCUAUGAACUACGUAGUUUAUUGAAGUGGGGUUCUCCAAUACAAAAAGUUGAAUGUAUUCAAAAUCCAUUCAUCCAAAAAGGCUUCUAUUUAAUUUAUACAAAAAAAAAAUAUGUAAUUAAAUUUAUAUUAAUUUUUAUUGUAUAGUUUUUUUAAUAAAAUUUAUUUUUUAUUUGAAAUC